AUGGGCCGCUCGCGCACGAAAUCCAAAAAGACAAGUUCGUCUCUAGCAAAAAGCGAGUCCGAACAGUCGAAGCCAGCACCUUCAGUACCCGCUCUUCUUGAGAAAGCUCGCGAACUCGUUGUUCAAUGCGACUAUGACCUUGCCCGGCGAUUUAUCGAGCGAAUACUCGAAGCCGAGCCCGCCCAUGUCGAGGCCAAGGAGAUGAUCGGCGUCGUCCAGCUGGAGACGGGAGAUCUCGACGCUGCAAAACAAACAUUCACCUCCUUGCUGACCUUGGCGGAUCCGCCUCCGCCAUCAGCACAUCUGUACCUCGCACAACUCAGCGACGAUGACCCCCAUUUGGCCUUGCAGCAUUAUCAGUCCGCUGUCGACAUCCUCAUGGGUCAGCUGAAGGGCAAGGAGCGCGCUGUUGAUCCCAACGUCGGGAAAGACGAACGCACGCUCAAGGGCACGGCCGUCCAGGCUCUCAUCAGCAUGGUGGAAAUAUGGAUGGAUCCUUCCUAUGAUUUAUGUGAUGCUCCUGAGGCAGAGCAGACCUGCGAGAACCUUUUAGACCUCGCGCUACAAAUUGACCCCGACAAUGCAGAGGCAUUACAGACCCUUGCGUCUGUUAGGCUAUCGCAGCAGCGUCCGGACGAGGCCAAAGAAAUGCUGGAGAGGGCAUGGGCGAAGUGGAAGGAUCUCGAGCUAGACGACGAAACGAUGCCGUCCAUUGAGACUCGUCUAUCGCUUGUAAAGCUCCUUCUUGAGCUAUCCUUGUUCAAACCUGCGCUGGAAGUGUUGCAAGGCAUUAUAGCUACGGACGACGAGUCGGUAGACGCGUGGUACCUGGAAGGAUGGUGCUUCUUCCUCAUGGCAGAGCAGGCUCGCGAGAGCGGUGCGGAUAUUGAAGGGCUUGGCUGGAUGGACCUGGCAAAAGACGCGCGAGACUGCCUUGAGAUGUGCCAAAUGCUGCACGCGAGCGAGGGAAAUCCUGACGUGCCCAUGUUAGCGCAUGUAAAAGAGCUGAUAGACAAAUUGCAGGCUUUGGGUGUAGAACCCUCGGAGGAGGGACCGGAGGAUGACGACGACGGCUGGGAGGACGUUGACGGCAGUGACGAUGAGGACGGCGAUGUCGAAAUGAGCUAGGGGCCGUUCAAGUUGUUGGCUUGCUUUGUACCUACUACACAUCUAUCCCUCGCACAUAUCUUCAGAACCUCUGGCUCGAAC